AUGCAACUCAUGCUCGGUGAGCACAACAUCAGAAUUUCUUAUUGGAAAGCAUGGCGAUCUAGAGAAGUGGCACUCGAAUAUGCAAAAGGUUCAUUUGGAACUGCGUAUAGAAUGCUGCCACAAUACCUAGAGAAUCUUGUUGUAGCCAAUCCAGGAACUGUUGCCGAAAUGCAUACAAGUUACGAUGAUGCAGUGGGACACAAAUUCAAAUACAUGUUCCUUGCUCUUGGUGCAAGUAUAAAUGGACUCAAGCAUAUGCGUAAGGUUAUUGUUGUCGAUGGAGCGCACUUACGCGGCAAAUAUGUUGGAUGUUUGUUGUCGGCAUCGGCACAAGAUGGGAAUUAUCAAGUUUUUCCAAUCGCCAUCGGCAUAGUUGACGGUGAGAAUGACAAAGCGUGGGAAUGGUUUUUCAACAUGCUAUUAAAAUUCAUUCCCAACAGUAGCGAAGUUGUAUUUGUUUCGGACCGCCACUCGUCCAUAUAUCAUGGCAUUUCUAAGGUCUAUACAGCCGCACGCCACUGUGCAUGUAUUCUACACCUGACGCGGAACGUUAGAACAUAUUUCAAAACCAAAAACUUAGGAUACUUGGUUGGCAAGGCAGCUAGAGCUUUUCAACUUGAUGAAUUCUACAGAGCUUUCAACGAAAUCAAGACGCUUGACGCUUCAUGUGCAGAAUACCUAAUUGCUAUUGGGUUAGAGAACUGGGCUAGAGCACAUUUUGAAGGAAACCGUUACAAUAUAAUGACAAGUAAUGUUGCGGAGACGUGGAACUCCGUCCUACGCGAAGCAAGAGAAUAUCCCGUCCUGGCAUUGUUGGAGCAUAUCAGAGCCAAACUUAUGACCUGGUUUGCCGAAAGACGAAUUGUAAAACAAGGUGGCAAUGGCAGACUGACAGCAAGGGUAAAAGAAAUUGUGGAAACUAAUUUUCGCAAUAGUGGCGGAAUGCUUGUGCGUAUGAUUAACUCAAUGAAGUUCGAGGUUAAGGACAAGGAUGAUUCAACCUACGAGGUUAACCUGGGGGAAAAAUAUUGCACCUGCUUUGCUUUUCAAAAGCUCCUCAUUCCGUGUCCACAUGCCAUAGCGUCUGCAAUAAAAGCAAAAGUUAGUAUUGAAUCCCUUGUAGCUGACUUCUACACCAUAGACACACUAGCGUUGGCGUAUGCGGAAGACAUUGUGCCAAUAACCAAUGGAGCAAAGGCAGGCGGAGAUCCAACACAAGGUGUUGACAUGUUCCCUCCAGCCAGUAGGCGUCCGCCUGGAAGACCAAGGAAGAGUACAAUAUUAUCUACGGGCGAAAUACGGAUGAAGACUCGUAGGCGCAAACAUGCGUGUAGCCGGUGCAAGGCUGCAGGUCACAACAAAGAAACUUGCAAAGUUGCUAUAUAA